AUGGGAAAAAAAGCUAAAUGGCUUAAGAAUUUCUUGACAGGGAAAAGAGAGAAAGAUAAAGAGAAAUCUACAAUAAACCAGAAUUUUUCUAAUGGAAAUGAAAAUCCAAGUACUCCGAUUUCAAGUUCAGGUUCUGCAAAGGAGAAAAAGAGAUGGAGUUUUAGAAGAUCGUCUGCGACCGCUACGCCAACGGUUUCUAAGGAGUUGAAUAAAUCUGAAGCUAUUGCUUCGGUGACAGUGCAAACUGUUACUGAUGUUCAGAAUAUUCAGAAUAUUCAGAAUGAGCAGAGGAGUCAUGCUAUGGCUGUGGCUGUUGCUACUGCGGCGGCAGCUGAUGCAGCAGUGGCUGCUGCACAGGCUGCAGCCGUUGUGAUCCGCUUGACUUCUGGUUCGAAUGAGAGUUCUAGAAGUAUUGAAGAGGCUGCUGCUGUUAGAAUUCAAUGCGUCUUUCGAUCUCACUUGGCGAGAAAGGCAUUGCGAGCUCUGAGAGGAUUAGUGAAGUUGCAGGCACUGAUAAGGGGUCACUUGGUGAGAAAACAGGCUAAGGCAACACUUAGAUGUAUGCAGGCUUUGGUCACAGCACAAGCUAGAGCUCGGGCUCAACGGAUCCGAAUGGUGUCAGAAGGAAAGCCUAAUCCAAAUCAAUCAACUCCUAGAAAUGUCAUGGAAAAUGACUUGUUCAGGCAAAUAUACAAUGAAAUGGACAUAGGCUUAGAAGACAACAUCAAGAUUGUGGAAAUGGACUUUUGUGAAUCAAAAGGUAACUCUACAAGCAGAAGCAGCAGUGUAAAUCAUCAAUAUUCCACAAACGGUUCGUAUUCGUACUCAAAAGAAGAAAACUACAAAGUAUCACCAGCUCCAUCAUCAGCUGUAACAGAAAUGAGUCCAAAAGGAUGCAGUCGCCAUUUCGAAGAUUGCUUCAGUACAGCACAAAGCAGCCCUCAUUACUAUUCUGCUGUAUCGAAAACAGACGAUACAUCUUCAAACCAUCCUUUUUCCUUCCCUAGACCGUCUUACGCAGAACCUAUGUCCUAUGAUUACCCUUUGUAUCCAAGUUACAUGGCUAACACAGAAUCAUCUAAGGCUAAAGUUAGAUCACACAGUGCUCCAAAACAAAGGCCAGAUUCAUUUGAGAGGCAACCGAGCCGACGGAGAGUUUCGGUGGAGGGAAGAAAUGUACCUAGGCCAAUGAGGAUGCAGAGGUCAUCUUCACAUGUUGGUGCCACUGCUCAGAAUUACCAAUAUCCAUGGUCAAUUAAGCUUGAUAGAUCAGCGGUUUCGCUCCAAGACAGCGAGUGUGGCUCGACAAGUACAAUGCUUACCAAUACUAACUACUGCAGAUCUCUUGUUGCAUAUGAUCCAGAUGGAGAUAGGAACUGA